AUGUUCUUAUUUUAUUUAAUUAAAAGACCUCAAUUUUUAAUUAAAAAAGUACCAAAAUUAUUUAUUUUAUUUAUUUUUUCUUCCCUUUUUAUUAUUUUACUAAUUUAUUAUGAAGAAUUAAAUGUUGGAUAUGUUGUUAAUUUAUAUGGAAAUUAUUAUACAAAAACGGUUUACAGAGAAAUUGAUAUUGUACACAAACAAAGUGAGGAAAAUAAAGCGGCAAUUACUCGCUCGUGAACGGGAAAAAAUCUCACCCUGAAUGAUGAAAACUAAGAAUGGGUCGGGCUGAGAAAGAAGUCGGGCCGAAUUUUCAAUAUUUUCUUCAGAUCGGGUUUCUGGUCGAAAAAAUGCCCGAAUUUCCGCGUGGCAGUUAAAGAGUUGAACAAAAAGCCAUAUUUCUCGGAGUGAUUUGGGUAUAUCAGUGAUUUUG